AAUCAAUCAGUUAAUCGGUAGGUCAUCAACUAGCUGGGGUUUCGGCACUAUUUCUGACAGUAACUAGUUGUCUGAUAGUAAACUCCAUAGGUUUAAUUGAUGGCAGACUCAAUUCCUCUUUUAAGCCCUUCAUAAUAACUGUAUUCUGAUCCUGCAACCUGUGGUUUAGCUAUGACCUUCCCUUAACGAUGGUUAAAUGAUUAUCGAAUAGUUAUGCGUAUGCAUAGUUUGUGCUUUAUGCAGCUUGAUUAUAGAAUUCAAUAUUUAACAUCCCAAAUAAAAAAAAAACAAUAAAAAAAACAGCACCUGCAACGUUCCAGUUAUAUUGCAGUAUUGCAGCAUGCAUGCAUAAACAAAUGUCUUCGGACAUGAUUCCGUUGUGUGCAACAUCUGCAUGACUGUGUGCGAUGCAUCACCAGAGGGCGCAUGCACUAGACAUGAGGACUGCUGCUGUACCGAGCUAUUAUAAUAUUACGGACAUGCCAGUGCCAUAAUAUGGUGAUAUCUGCGCCUAACAACCGAUAGCUUCUGCAAGAGACGGGGAUACCAGGAAAACGAAGGUGUCUACAGAAUUUGUGUCCAAUACACAACAUCGAGAAAGACACGGAGCUUCUGCAAUACACGGGAACCGAAGGACUCCGCGCAGGAUUUGUGUCCAACACGAAACGCGUUGUAUAAGCAUUACAGCUCCACUGAAGGCCAGUCCAGAUGGCUUUCAUGUCCAGACUGUCUCGGUCGCGGAGUAAUUCCAGAUCUCCCAGCAGAAAAGAUUCAGAGAAAGGCUCUCCUGUACUAACUGUUGCUGAACUUGAGCGUCUGCUCUACACUGGGAAAACCGCCUGUAAUCACGCAGAUGAAGUGUGGCCAAGACUCUACAUAGGUGACCAAGAAAUUGCCUCCAACCGCAAAGAACUCAUCAAGCUCGGGAUCACGCACAUCCUCAACUGUGCUCAGAGCAAAUGGAGAGGCGGCGCCGAGUAUUACGCUGGCAUGAACAUCACGUAUCACGGCAUCGAAGCCCACGACUCGCCCUCUUUCGACAUGAGUGUCAACUUCUACCCCGCGGCCGAGUUCAUACACAGAGCCCUCAGCACCGGAGGAAUGGUUCUUGUGCAUUGUGCCGUCGGGCUGAGCAGAUCUGCUACGUUGGUUCUCGCCUACCUCAUGAUUCGGCAGAACAUGACUUUAGUGGAGGCCAUCAAGACCGUGAAAGACCACCGCGGCGUCACACCGAACCGCGGUUUCCUACGGCAGCUCAGCGGUCUGGACAGCGUCCUGCGCGCCAGCCGCAAUGCAACAUAAAGCCACUGGUAGCUUCUGAAUUUCAACCGUUCUGGCCCAGGCCUUGACCUAAUGUGUUUGUAUCGCAGUAAAUGAGAGCGGAGCGUCUUUACAUACAGUGAGUUUAUUCCAGCUGUCCCCCUGCGGUCAGUAGAAAUGCCUUAUUACAUCAGGACCUCUAGAAAUGUGUGUAAUGCCUUAUUCACUGUUAAAUGUUCACAUCUGUUCACGUGACCGCCCACUGAAAUGUUGAGUUGAAUCACCACAGAGAAUAACACGUGUCCGUUCGCACAAAACACGUUUUUUUCGGUGUUUAAAAUGCGAGUUAAUUUAGAACGACACGAGGUGUAUAAGUGUAGAACCGUUUGUGCAAGACACUGCAAAGAAGCGAAGACAUUGGUCCGUGCAUUUUUACAGAGAAAAAUAAUGACAAGCAGCGCGGUUGAAUGAAAAAAAGCUUGGCGAGCGAGCAUGACAAAAAUUAGGUCAUCGCACCAUUGGCAUACAGUUUGAAAAUGAACCGGACAGACAGAAUGCGCUAGGACGAAAUAUGAACGUGAUAUAGAUUUUCUGUGUUGGAAACAAAUAUGGAAAACAAAGACCUUCUGCCAUCUUGAACAGAUUUUAAGCAAGCACCUCUCUCAUACUUAACAUUUAAAGAGAAAAUACAACCAUGCAAGUAUAUUUUGUGGCAUACAGCUAAUUUUUUAGCUGCACAGAACAGCUCGCUGUGUCAGGCACGACAUGCGAUGAAAGAUGCGAUUGCAACGGUCAGACACGUUUACAUGCACCUUUACAUCAGAGCCUAUAAAAUACGCUUAAAGGUACUUUGGUUUAAAUAGAAAAGCGGCGUUCUGUGUGAACUCUCCAUUUACGACCGCCACAGACCGCAGAAUUGGCUCCACAACCGCUCAGAGCACUUUAAUAAACACCUAGACAGCAAUGUCCUAGCAACUGCCAACAGCACCCUGACGACUCAGAACCAUGCACCCCAUAAUAUUACCACACAGUGACCAUCCAGGACACUCUAACAAGUAUUCUGGUGACCGGGUUGUCACGGGAAGCCAACCAGAAGAUGCCAAGAAAAUUCAGAAUUUUCCUAUAAUGCGGCGUUAUGAUAUUAUAAAAGACUGAAAAGCGUGAUACAUCGAUCAGUUUAGCCAACGUAGCUGCUCGCAUUCAUUAGUCAAGCAGAUCACGGGGUAUGACACUGAGCUCUAGUGUACAUGAGACUAUAUGCAAACCGCAGUCAGUUUCGUCACACAACUUAUCAUUGUGCUUUGUAUAAAUACUAAAGAUGUCACGUGACGUAUUCUACAUGUUUCAAGUCGUCUCUUUUAACUUGUUUUGUAAGAUAUUGUAACAUAGAGUAGCCACUGUACGCAAGAAGCGCAGUCUUCUUGUACUUACAAAUCCAGCAAAUCCUCAAGUGCAGUACAAUGUACCGACUGUAGCCGUAUGAAUCGCAUUGUGCUAGUAUUAUUGUCAUUUCUGUACAUUUGUAUUAUUGGGGCCAGCGGUUAAUGUAUUUGCGUAUAUGUUUGUCGUCGUUACAUCUAACAAAUAUUCACUGCAACAGCUGAAGCUGAACUACUGCCAGGACUGCAAAUCCCUUCCACCGUACGUGGAUCUAAACUACACACCAGUUCGUGUCUUAGGAACAAGUGUUGAUCGCUCGGAGGUGAAACUUGUUUUUGGACCAAAUUUCUCAGUUUUGAGUGGGAGCAUGCAGCCGGGAGACAAAAACGGGGGCGUUCAACGGAAUCUUAAAACGUCUGUUUUAUUUAUAAUGUGCGUGAAAUCUAAUAAACAUUAUUUCAUUUUCCAA